UUAUGUUCUGAUAGGUAUACCCAUAGACGUGGUUGGCUAGUUUGUCAGUUGGUCGCAGACAGUUAAUAAGAAAAAUCACAGCCUCGUAUGAACAGUCAAAUAUUUAACGAUCGCCAACCGCAUAGCGGGUAGAACCAACAACACCUUCAGUGUUAAAUCGUAGUCUAGUCUUAGCGAACAAAAAUUAUGAAUAAAUAUUCGAUUGUGAUAAUUCUUCUGAUAUGUUUCCUCGGAUGGACGGUUGCUGUCGGUUCAAUUAACGUCAACACAGUAACGGGUGUUUUGGCCUCGACAAUCAACUCUACUAUACCCGGCAGGGAGAAUAUUGAAAAGUUACGCGUAUCACUUUCGGGGACAGUCAACAGUGUGCCAGUAAACGAGAGCACGUAUUCGAUUCUGACGGAUUUAAAUGUAACAAGGAGUGCCGACGAAACAUGUCCCUCGCUGGAUGAUGCUGCCCAACUAACACAGACCCAGCUGAUUAAUCGUCUGACAGCAUCCUGUCGCUACGACCGCCUGGAACGACCAAAUGUUAUGGAAAAUGGGAGCAUUGUCGAUGCUCCAUUGGAUGUGUUCGUUCGGGUGUACAUCUAUGUGUUACAGAAUCUGGACUCUAGCGACUUACAAUUCAAGAUGCAUGGCCUGGUGCAGCUGCGUUACAAGGAUCCCCGUUUGGCCUUUGAUGAGUAUGCGCCGAAUAGGAAACAAUCAAUUCUGGGCGAAUCCAAAUUGCGUGAGCUGAUAUGGGUGCCACACAUAUUCCUUGCAAACGAGCAUGAUUCAAGCGUUCUGGGGACCAGUGAAAAAGAUAUACUCACAUCGAUCAAUCCAGACGGUACUGUCAUUACAUCGUCGCGUAUUCAGGCCACGUUGUACUGUUGGAUGAAACUGCAAAAGUUCCCUUUCGAUGAGCAGUAUUGUCCCACGGUUCUGGAAAGCUGGAUGUACAACGCAACUGAAUUGCGUCUGUAUUGGGAGGACAACGCUCCACUAACUUUUGACCCCAAAAUGCACUUAACCGAGUACGCCUUAGAAAAUGCAUGGACAAACGAAACCAUUAUCAAUGCCGACUUGAAUGACUUGCGGCACGGAGCAUUUGCAGGCAAUUACAGCUCACUAAGCUUCACAGUUCAUCUGGUACGAGAGGUGGGCUACUAUGUCAUGGACUACUUUUUGCCCUCGAUAAUGAUUGUUGCCAUAUCCUGGGUAUCUUUCUGGCUGCAAGCUGACCAAACACCAGCUCGCACUACUCUCGGCUGCACCACUCUUCUAUCUUUCAUCACGCUUGCCUCGUCCCAGGAGAACAACUUGCCCAAAGUCAGCUACAUUAAGGUUUCCGAGGUAUGGUUUUUGGGCUGUACCUUCUUCAUAUUCGGCAGUCUGGUAGAGUUUGCCUUUGUUAACACCAUAUGGCGGCGCAAGAAUAGUGUCGAAGUGAAAAAAGUGAAAAGCAAAUACAUUUUGAAAUCUACGUUAACACCUCGCAUGAAACGCCACAAAAUGAUCGACAACGAACGUCAGCAAGCGCGACCACCCUGCGAUCGUUUCCUUUCUGUGGAUACACCUUCGCCGAUCAUUAUAACCGUGGGCGAUGAAACACCCAACAAGUUCACUUCGUCGGAUUCCAUAGCAACCAUAACGUCAAGUGUGGACGACAAUUUCUCGGAUCCUGAUAACAAACGUACUGAAAAUCACUCCUGGACAACAAUGACGCCACACGAAGUCUCUCUGUGGAUAGAUCGCAAAGCCCGCUUCUUAUUCCCUGUGGCAUUUAUCAUUUUCAAUGCAUUCUAUUGGACAUUUGUGUAUUGUUUGUGACAAUAAAUUAUGCAUGUAUAUGGUCAAAUUCAAAAA